AUGAUGGUGGAGACGCACCGAGCGCCGCCGCCUCGAUGUGCGCGCGCGCUCGAGUCUCGCACCAAACCCGCCUCAGCUUCGGCGCCGCCUUCGUUGGCCGGCAGUGGUACUGUCAUGCACCUCCGUCGACGCCGACACAAAACUGUUCACUUCGGCGAAAAUUUAUUGAUGCAAGUUUGCGCUGAUCGGGCACACUUAGCAGCACUUGGAGCGAGAGUUCCCGAUGUUUCAUUUUGCCACAAAGCUCAUACAGGGCUUCGCAAAGGUGAUGCCCGCUUCUGCUGUGUUGCACAUCACUGCUGUCUAGCCGCAGGAGCUCUUGUAGCACUCACGUCGAGCGGGCGACCUAAGCCACGCAGAGAGCGCAGUGCAGAUUCCCAUUCAAGCGGUGGCGAAACUGGAGAUAAAGGGGAAAGCGGUGGUAGUAGCUCAGCGUCAAAGGAGCCGAAACGCAAAUCUAAACAUCAUCACCACCACCACCAUCACCAUAAAAUCCACAAUUGUCCCUAUCAUGACGUUGCCCCACCACCUGAAGACGAGCCUGAUGAAAAGGCUAUUGUUCCAAAAAAAACCGUUUCGCCUUAUCUCUAUAUCCCUAGUAAGUUAGAGCCCAAUGUGCAGCAGUUAUUCAGCUUUAUAGAAAGCGUAUUGAGUGCCUGGGCAGCCGAAGAAGGUCUUACAAGUACUGGUGAAUACUCAGAACCAGAUGAGCGCAUGGUGCGAAGGCGAAAACUGAACAAAUAUAAGAAACGCACUGAUGUGCUCAACAUUCGGCGUAUAGUGUACGAUGUGUCUAUUUUGCGAGGGACAAGGUUACUUGGAAAUGUACGAUUUCGUCACUACCACUGGAAAGGAACUGCACAAACUUGCAACGAAGCAUUCCUUCGGAAGAUAUCGGAUGAUGAUCGCAUGUCGUUAACGACGGCGGUAUCUGACGAAGAGGACCCUGGUGAGAGCGCAAUGAAUUCUCCUUACAAAGGAAAGCAGACAGGCGCCGCAGCCGCAUCUUUCAACUGCACAGGAGCCGUCAGGAAAGCUGGGUUCUUGAGCGUGAAGAAAUGGCUCCUCCGUAAGAAGCAUCAGAUUGAAUUAGCCCGCAAACGUGGUUGGAAGGGUUACUGGGUGUGCUUGAAGGGCACUACACUGCUUUUCUAUCCUUGUGAUUCCCGUGAAGGCCGCUCUGUGGAAGCUGCUCCCAAGCAUUUAAUCAUAGUUGAUGGAGCCAUCAUGCAGCCGAUACCAGAGCACCCAAAACGUGACUACAUAUUUUGUCUCAGCACCGCAUUUGGUGACGCCUACUUGUUCCAAGCACCUUGUCAGAUUGAGCUCGAAAAUUGGGUGAAUAGCAUACACAGUGCCUGUGCAGCUGCAUUCGCUCGUCACCGAGGCAAGACUGGAACUCUUCAUUUACUGCAAGAGGAAAUAUACCGUCUCGAGAAGGCAAUCGAAUCUGAUCAUAAGCUAAAGCAUAUGGCGGACCUGCAACAAUCAGUGGUCUCUGAUCCCGAGACACGUGCGCAACUGGCUGUUCAAAUGCUGCAGUGGGAAGAAAAUCUUGAACGCCUACAUUGUGAGCAAUUCCGAUUGCGCUGUUACAUGGCAAGCCUUCAGAGUGGCGAACUUCCUAACCCCAAGUCUCUGCUGACCCACGUGUCGCGUGGCACAAAGAGCACUUUGAACAAGUUAGGCGUGUUCACGGUGUCAUCUUUCCACGCGUUCAUAUGUGCGCGGUCACCAUCGCUGCUAAAUAACUUACUGGCUGGACGUGGAGCUACUAAGCGGCGUGCUCCUCAACUGUCGCGAUCUAACUCCGGAUCUAGCAGGCGAUCUAUGCAGAUGUCUCGUGAGGAUGGUGAGGCAGCCGUUCGAGUAUCCCUCCCUGAAGGUACAACCGCUACAGUGGGAGUGCGUGAGGGCAUGUCUGUUGAAGAGUUCCUAGCUGCUGCAUGCGCACGACGCUCACUCAAUGCUCUCGAACACUUUGUAAGAGUAAAGAAAAGGCGUGAUAUGGAAGAUCACAACUAUUUCGUUCCCCAUCGCAGCGACCUCAUUGAAACCUACUUACACACACACGAGGUUGUGGAGGUGUGUGCCAAAAUCCUGUAUCAAGUAGAAUUACAACGAACGACGUUGGAGCAAAUGUGGGGCUUCAGCGUAGAAGCCGAACUCAUUGAGAACGCGGAGCGACAAGACGAGCUCUGCUGCUACGUGAGCCGAGUUGAAGACAAGAGCGUCGCCAUGCAAAAUGGUAUAAUCAAAGGCGAUGAAAUAAUGGUAAUCAACGGAGCGAUCGUAUCUGACCUAGAUAUGAUGUACCUGGAAAGCGUUUUGCAAGAAGAACUCUCUCUCGUCAUGAUGAUGAGGUCAUCUCGCACGGAGCCGCCUGAGUUGACAGGAGUGAUGCGCGCAGCCACCGACGACAUAAUCGAUUCCCUCGUGUGCCCGCCGCCACCAAGCGAGCCGCCAGUCAUCUCCGAUGACAUGAUAUCCGGCCUCAUCGUGCCCGCACCAGCUUGGAGUAAGGAGUUGUACAGCCCGGACACGGACGCACAUGGCGGCGACGCCGUCAACACCGGCCCACCCAAAGUCAGCUCCCGGACAAACUCGUUCGAAAUCGAAAAUCUACUCAAGAGUGCGGAGCAAGUGACGGGCUGGUGUCGAUCACCGGCGGAGACACGACGUGGCAGUCCGACCGGCAGUGUUGCCAGCGCUGCAGCCGGCACGCCCUCGCGACAUCUUUCCGAUGCUGAUAAGCUCAGGAAGGUUCUGUUGGAACUGGUCGAUACUGAACGCGCUUAUGUCAAGCACCUGAACAACUUACUGGAAAACUACCUGGAACCGCUCAAGAAAGAAACUUUUUUAUCAAACGCCGAGAUCAACGCUUUGUUCGGCAAUAUACAGGAGAUAGUGACUUUCCAAAGACAAUUCCUGCAAAACUUAGAGGAAGCGCUUGAGGCUGAACCUAACUUCCACCACUUUGAAUUCUCAAACCAGUUCAAGAAUGCUCUCUUCGCGGUAGGAAAUGCUUUCCUCUAUUACGUCAACCAUUUCAAAUUGUACAGUUCAUUCUGUGCCAGUCACAGUAAGGCUCAAAAAGUGCUACAUCCAAAUGAAGGUAAUCAAGCUUUACAAGAGUUUCUUGCGGCUCGAAAUCCAAAACAGCAACACUCAUCAACGUUGGAGUCGUACUUAAUAAAACCUAUUCAACGGAUAUUAAAAUAUCCACUUUUACUUCAACAACUCAGAAAUUUGACUGAUGUUAAUUCCGAGGAGCAUCUCCAUUUAGUGGAGGCUCUGAAAGGUAUGGAAAAAGUUGCAGAGCACAUCAAUGAAAUGCAACGAAUACAUGAAGAAUAUGGUGCUAUAUUUGAUCACUUGUUUAGACAACAUCAAAAGUCUUGCAAGCAACCUAUAGAUCUAAGUCCUGGCGAUUUGUUAUACUACGGUGGAGUAGAAUGGUUAAAUAUUUCAGACUUUUUAGGAAAAAUAAAAAAGGGAUUGGAAUUGCAUGCAAUGUGCUUUGUAUUUAAAUCAGCUGUUGUCUUCCUCUGUAAAGAAAGACUGAGGCAGAAGAAAAAACUUAUGGGUGUCUCAUCUAAGAAUAGUUCAAACGAAGUAGAAAUCAUAAGGUACCAGGUUCUGAUACCGGUGACGGAGGUACAGGUCCGGGCCUCCUCUGCCAAAGAUAUGGACAGUCACUUCCUUUGGGAGCUCAUUCAUUUACGAAGCCAACUGCAACGCCGCUCCGAGAAAGUUUACGUUCUGUCUAACAGCACGGCUGACUUCCGCAACGCGUUCCUGAAGACGAUUCGGCAGAUAAUUCGCGAGUCGGUUCGCAACAUGUCACUGCCGACGUCACGGCCUGCACCGGCGCCGCCGCGAGCCCCACACACUCUCGACCGAGAGAGACCUAAACACCAGGUGGGUGACUUGUCACGUGAGAAUUCUCAGGAUGCAGAGGAACCUCCACCAGAGCCUCCGCCCGAAGAGCCUGCCUUCAGGCAUCGCAGCAAGACCCUGGGUGAUACUACUGAGACGGUAGCAAAGCGCGCGCCGCCGCCGCCGCCGCCGCCGCCGCCGGCCGAGGCGGACAAGUGCGACCCCGGCUGCAAGUCCGAGGGCGAGGACGAGCAGCCGCCGCCGCCCGCCAAGCGCGGGCUCGGCCGCACGCCCAACCAUCUCACGCUCAGCACGACGUCGACGCUGAGUGCAGGCAGCACAGGCAGUCAGGCUCGCCUCAUCCAGUCCUCACAUCAGCCCGCCCAGUACCAACCCAUGACUAUGGCAAAGGAUCUAGGUAAGCAAGAAUCGCAGUCUCUCAAAUCAUCACCAGAACGAAAGACGUCUACCCCGGCACCAGAGAAGAGGAUUAAGGUCAUUCGUUCCUGUAGCGGCAGUAGCAUCAAUAGAGAUAGGUCUCCUAAUAGAUCAGUCGAUCACACGUCACCAGAUAGAGAUCGCGUUACUAAAGUCAUCGUUUGCAAAUCUCCUAACAAAUCCAGUCUGAAGCAAACGAAAACGUUACAUAGAUCUCCUCGGGGAAGCUUCGAUCAGUCAAAGUCUCCUCGAGGAUCCAUUGACAAAUCGCGAUCUCCACAGCAAAGCUUCGAUGGAUCUCGGUCACCCCGUGGAAGUAUCAUGAAAUCACGUGAAAAUAGCGUCGAUCGGUCCCGAUCGCCAAAACCUGCGCCAAAAAAAGGAAUCAUGCGAACCCCACAAGCUAGUUUCGAUAAAUCACCUUGCAAAUCACCAAAUUUAAGCCGACGAUCUUCUAAAUCUGGUGGAGAGAAAUUAGCACGUCUUGGAACCAAUUCUUUAGAUAGAAUGACACAUUAUUCUCAAUUAGCUAAGGCAGAAGAUAAGGCUAUAAAAAUGGGCAUCGUAGUUUCAAAAUCAACUGAAUCUAUUGCAAAGGCUAUCGAGCACCCAACUUGUGUUCAAUGCUACCUGUCUGGGAAAAAACAGAGUAAAACCUCCUAG